UGGGUUAUUAUUAUUUUUGUAACAAUCCCAAAUCAAAUCUGUCUCCAGGUUGGAGAGGCAGGAGCCCUGGGGUAAAGAAAGCAAAGCAAAAAAAAAAAAAAAAAAAAAAAAAAAAAAAAAAAAAAAAAAAAAAAGCGAAAAAAAAAAAAGAGAAGAACCUGUAAUGUUAGGAGGAGAAUAAAGGUGGAGGGGUAAGGAGCAGGGCUGGUUUGGAAGUCGGGGCUCUCCUGGCCCUGCUAUUUAUCCCCCACCACAGAGCAGCUUCCUAGACUUCUCCUGGAACCCAGGAACAGGAGGGCUGCAAGCAGAGGCUAGUGGUGGCUUUCUUCUGCAAGCCACACACUGCAAGCUGUGGGCAGGGAGACAGGUGUCAUCCAGGCACCUGCUUCCAUCGGAAUGGGAGAGUCCCAGAAGAGAUGUGACCCGCACACAGCGUGCAGCCAAUGGGGGGACCCAGGGCCUCAACAUGGAUGUGGGUCCCUGCGAAGAAGCUUAGAUUUGGAGAGAGAGGAUGGUGGACGUGGCUCUUUCCACCCAUUGCCUCCUACAAUGAAUGGAGCCAGACCAUUUUCACAGAAACUGCCCCAGGGGACGGCAGAGCUUGGCUGCCCCUCCUGGCUCCAGCAGCUGUGGGAGAGGCGCUGCUCUGGGGCCCAACUGUGUCUGCUUCCCCUGCCACCGAGGGGCCCCUCACUCCUACCCAAGACCCCUGGACUGUUGCACGGCAACCACUCCUUUCAUGGCAUUGCUCAGCAACUCUUCCUCCAACCUGUGCCGCCUGCCCGUUCCCCCUCCGUCCCCCAUGCCAGCCCUCUGUCCUUCCUCCCUCAGCAGCCAGGCAGACAUAACAACAAAAAUACUAAAAGGAGCUUCACCGCACUGAGCUGUUUCCUGCCCAAACAAAGGGGAUAAUGUGAACUCCGUGUGUGCAUGUGUGUGUGUGCAGUCGUGCAUGUGCGUGUAUGUGCAAGUGUUAUGAGUGUGUGUCUGUCUCUGUCUGUCUGAGUGAGAUGCAGACAGUGAUUGAGGAGGCGGCCCAAGGCCCAAGGAUCCUGAGCAGGUGGACGGGUGAUUGGACAGGAGACCGAGUGGAGGAUCCUAGUCAGGGUUCAUACCUCACCUUCGAUGUCGCUCCAUGCCACCCUCAAGGCCCGUCUCAGAGAGAGGAGUCCCAGGUGUGCAUUUCAUCGCUCCCUGAAACACGAAGCACUCAGCCCUCCCUCGACUCCCCAUCUCCACACCAUGGAGCCAGUGCCACAGCCUUUGCUAUGCACCCCUCAGGCCUCUCCCUGGCACUGACCCUGGAUUUCCCAUCAUCUACACACAGAGGGCUGGGUUCCCAUCCCUGCUUUUGGUUUUCUGUCUUCCUUCUUGUGACCGAGCUGGUUGCCGUGGAGAUGAGGUUGCUCAGCCUCCCCAUCCUGCUGGCCUGCCCACCUCAGAUCCUGGAUGCUCUUAGCAUCACACUCCCCUGCUCCAGCAGCAUGUCCUCCCUGCUCUGACAAUGGGCAUGCAACACAGGGCAGCUGCAGUCCAGCGGCUCUGCCCACUCCUUCUGUUCAGGUAAAAUAUCCUCGUGAAUCUUCUAGCCGCCCCCCCACCCGGGUAGGGCCCUGGGCACUGCAGGCAGCCCCUCAUCUAAGCCAGGGCCUCCUCCUCUUGCAGCAGCAAGGGAGCGUUGGGUUCCUUGUCUCCCAGCACUCGCUUUUGGGAAAAAGACUUUUCCUCUUUGAGCUGAACCACUCUGUCCAUAUUACACAGAAGCCAUAUUUGUACUGGGGGUGGGGGGGCGAGGGCCGUUGUGCUGUGCGUCUGUCCUUGGGCGGGGGUGGGGGAAGGGAGCAGGGAUUGUGUAUCUUUAUAAUCUUUCUAACUCUCCUGUGCUAAUCUCAGAGGGCCACCCUCAAUAUAUCUGGAUUAUUCGUGUCGUUCGGCUGCCUCCUUUCUGCUGCUCUUACUGCUGCCAGGCUGCACGUACAUAAGGGCCAUUCUGGUAUCCCUGGCACCAGGCACCUUGAGGGUCAUGGCAUCCUUGGCCUGCUUUUCUCCCAUAAGGGAGCUAAAUGUCUCCACCCCGUUUCGCUGGGACCUUGCUUUCCAGAGAGGUUUUUGGGUGGGGCAUCUGACUGUCCCCUCUGCUCAAUGCUGAAGGAUGCUGGGAUGGAGGAGGAGAAACCAACGGCACUGUCCAGGAAAGAGAGCCUCACCAGACCUUCGCCAUACUCACUUUUCAGUCCACUCCAUGUUGAAGCUGAAACUGGACCCGGUGUCCUGGGAGAGAAGAGAGAAUUUCUACGAGGGGCCUAUCCUUUCACACCUGGAUCUGCGGUGCUGCACCCCAGGCACUCCUGUGUGAAUGAAACAAUGUCCUGCACAGAAUUGGGGUCAAAAUAUCUCAUGUUUUCUUCAAGGAAUGAAAGUGUCUCCUCCCCCACUAUAUCUCAUUAUUGCCACUUACACUAAGCUCACCCCUCUGGAAGCCCAGGCUAUGUCUCUGCAGCCAAGAAAAUAAAAUGCAGAGGUCGGUGAGGCCAUAGCAGAGACCCUGGGAGAGCAGCAGCAGGGGUGUGGCCACCGAAGAGCAGAAUAUUGGUUUAGGAGGCCUGUGGGACUGGUGCCCCUUGUGCCUGCUGUCCAGGGAAACAGCAGCUCCACUCCCCAAGAGAAACUUCCCAUUAUGCUAAGACGCCAGGCCGAUGAAACAGCUGCAGAGCCUUUACGUCCCACAACAGAAAUAUGAAUAGAGAUUACCUCAUAGGCAACAGUCCCAGUUUAAAAUACGCUAUCCCAGUGUCCCCCAGAGCCUACUUUAAUGUGUCAGACCAUGUGUUCUGCUUGGUAUGGGAGAUGCAUUCAUGGCGCCCAUAGGUGGUGAGGCAAAUGCCCAAUCGCUCCCUGAAGUGACAUCAUCGCAUUCAGCAGUCCUCCCUCCCCCUCUCAUCCAAACACCCAUAAUUCCAGAUAGCAGCAUGCACACCGGGCACCGCCUAGCACCCAACUUUCGGGUGUGUGCCACUGAUACCCAACACGGGCACACAGAUAAACACUUACGUUCUGCCCGCCCUGAUACAAGCAGCGCUCCCACCAAGGAGCAUGCACGCGUGCACAGAUCCAACCGCAGUGGCACCAUGGACGCACCUUCCUUCCCAAAGCGCACAGCCCUCUUGACCUUGCUUGGCUCCCGUUCUAAGGGAUGGGGAAAGUGGCCGUCAUCAGCUGCCUUCUCACCUCAAUUUCCCAGCACCCUUCUUAUCUCUGCCUCACCAGUCACCCCUGGCCCCUCUUACUUCCUUGAACUUGCAGAAGCCUCUCUUGCUGGAAAGUCUCCUGGUGUCUUCCUCUCCACCUUCGGGAAAAUGCCUGCCAUCUGGUCCUUGCUGUGUUCCUUUCCCGAGACCCUCCUGACCCCGUCAAGUCCAAUCUCAAAACAGGAAGCCCCGGGUUGGUGCCCAGGCUGACCUGAGGCUCGGUAGCCAGUGGGUGUGGGGUAGGGCUUCCUGACUGCGGCCACAUGGCCCUGCCCAGAACCCAAGGGCCUUCAUUAGUCCUUGGCACUUAUCGAGAAGCCACAGCCACUGACAGAGCUGCCAGCCCUUCUCUCCGCCUGCCCUGCACCCCAGUGCCAUGGGGAACUGCCUGAAACAGGUAAAGCCCUCCUUCUCACUCAACAUGAAUGAAAGUCAGUUGGAUUUGGGAGACUAUUCGUGGAAUUAUUCCAACGGUGAGAACACCACCUAUGGACACUUCGAAGACUACAACUGGCUGGAUUCUGCUGCGCCCUGCCACUCCUGUAACCUGCUGGAUGAAUCCUCGUUCCCCUUCUUUAUCCUCUCCAGUGUUCUGGGUAUUCUGGCCAGUGGAGCUGUCCUCUUUGGGCUGCUGAGACCUCUCUUCCACUGGCAGCUCUACCCUGCCUGGUCAUUCUUGGCACAGAUGGCCGUAGGCACUGGCCUCUUCAGCAUCGUGUUGCCCAUCCUGGCACCAGGGCUCAAUAGUUCCCAGAGCACUAUCUUGUGCCGCUUGGGCUACUGGAUCUGGUACAGCUCAGCCUUUGCUCAAGCUCUGCUGAUAGGGUGUCAUGCUUGCCUGAGACCCAAACUGGGCACAGGCCAGAUCCCAGGCCUCACCCUGGGGCUCAUUAUGGGACUUUGGGGAGUGGCUGCCCUAUUAGGAUUACCAGUCACUCUUGCCAGUGAUAUAACUCCUGGCUUCUGCACCUUGUCCUACAGCAGAGGUCUGGGUACUCUGCAGUCCAUGCACGCUGUGGUUUGUUUUGCUAUCUUCAGCUUGUUGCCCCUGGGUUUGUUGGGAGCCAAGGGACUGAGGAGGGCAUUGGGCAGGAGUCCAGGUCCCUGGAUUGACAUCUUGUGGAUGUGGUUCAUUUUCUGGUGGCCUCAUGGAGUGGUUCUGGGGUUUGACUCCCUAGUAAGGGCCAAAGUCUUGCUGUUGCCAAACUGUCUGGCCCAGCAGAUUCUGGAUCUGUCAUUGCACCUGGCCGAAGUCCUGGCCAUAUUGCACUGUGUAGCUGCCCCUUUGCUCCUGGCCCUGUUCUUCCACCAAGCCACUCAGUCUUCCUUUCCUUCCCUGCCCCUCUCUACAAGACAGUCUUCUCAUCUGGACAACACUGGAGGCAAAAUCUAGCUCUUCUCCCACCUGUCAACCUGAAUUAAAGUCUGUGCUGCUUUAAUAAAGUGGGUAAUCUCUUAUUUUGUUUAGAGGUGAGGAGGAGAGACAGGAGAGUGGAGUGAGAAAGAUGUUUCAUGCUAGUGUCUUCUUGUAGGCCUCUGUCUCUCUGGCUGACCUCAGGGAGAAAGUGCCUUAUAAACAUUCUCAGAGCACACAGAUGUUCUGUGAGGUGUGAGGUGCCUUCUCCAGCAUGGAGAUAAAGAGGAGCCUCUUGCACACUACCAAAACUAGAAGACAACGCUUCUUAACAGGAUACUAAAGAAGAGAAGCAGUGACAGAAAACAAACAGAAUAAGAGUAGAAACUGGAGAGAGACACACAGAAGAAUGACAAUAAAACCCGAAGCAGUAGGUUUCUCUCUGUGUGCAAAGUGUCCAGCUUCCCUCCCCAUCUUGUCCUCUCUCUGGCUUUCUUUAGAGCUCAGAGUGUUGUGAGGGAGGUGGGCAAAUCAUCCUUGGAGGCAUUUCUUAGUUCAGGACACAGACCAAGAUAACCCAGACAGCAGUUUCCUAUGAGUCAGCUUUUGCAGGUUCACUCUUGGGCAAGACCCUGAUUCCCAUGUGCACACGAAUACACAUUCACAUGUGCAUCUGUCCUUUCAGGGUUAAAACCCACAUCCAUGUUAAAUGCAUGCUUGUAAGUGAGUGUCAGUGUCUGAUGCCAUGCAUAAGUGUGUGCACCCUGACCUUCCUCAACGCCCUCUCCUUAUUAAAUUCUGCACCCUCCCCUGUUCUCCCGGCAGGGAAGCAAGGUUGAUGACUCACACCUUACCCAAAUGAGUUCUUUCACUCUGGUUUGGAGGUCCAGUUUUCUCUGUGUAGGCUAUGUAGAGGGAAGCAAGGCCAAGAAGUCAUGAAGGGCGGAGAAACUUAGAGGGAGAGGACCUAAUCUGAUUCAUCUUCUGCCUGGAAUGCCUCAAAUUUCCCUUUCAGACCCCAGCUCCUGAAAUAAACCUUUCUUCCCCACAUAAAUGUUUCCUUCUACUUCCCACACUGUAUCCUGAUCUACUAGCCACUUUCUUUCCCAACGGAUUUUUCUGGCUGCUUACUCAUGUUUGUGGAGGCUUUUCUUCAGCCCUUCCCCUGAUGAAUUUGCGUGAUGAUUGGCAGUAAGUCUCUCUGAUGUGGGGCACAACCUCUAGAGCCAACAAAAAAACCCACCCUCUACCCAGAAAAGAUCACAACCAAAGUUCCUCUCUCCAACCCAACUAGAGCCUGGGGAAGCUUGAGCCAGUGCUUAGUGCAUUCACCUGAUUCUAGUUAUUGUCAUGGUUCAAAGAUAUGUCUUCCCUAGCACUUUUGCCUCAAGGGCUCUGCGUGACUCAGAGGGCUAGUGGGUAAGCAGGAGCAUGCUGCAGGGGCGCAGAGAUGACUUACAAUAUCUUAGGCAGAAGGAUGCAAAAGGCGUGCGGACUUCACCGGAGUGGGUGCCUUGCUUGAGGAAGCCUCUAAAUCUCCCACCUCCUGUCUCUUCGCAACCGCCAGGUUCAGCUCCUGAUUGGUGCAUCACAAAAUGAAAGGCGGGAUUUAGGGAAGGAUUGAGACCAGGGAGACAUUCUGAAACAGAAAGGAAGAAAAAGAAAAUGAAGAGAAAGGAAGAAAUUUACAAAUCCAAAUUACACGCAGGUCUUCAACCACAGUUGGCCAGUACAUCCUAGUGUUUAAGUGUUUCAUUUUUUUUUUUCAGUCUCCUUUCAAAACUACCCCUCCUGUCUCACAGUCCUACCAGACGUUGUUCUCCUCCCUUGCGAGGGACUGAAUUUAGAGGCUGACCUAGUUGAGAAGGAGGAAGGGCCGUUGUUGACUCCCUGAAUCUUCCAGUGUCAACCUAAUGCAGGGAGGUUUCGCUUAAGACCACUGGGGUGGUCUUAUCCAUUUCCGCCUGUGCCUCCAGAUAGAAUCUCCUCAUGGAGUCCACGGAGAGAGAUCCCAAACUCCCAGGAAACAGUCUAUCACAUCCCUCACAAAGAAAAAGCAGCGGCAGGCGCCUACAGCUGAUAAGAGGUCAGAACGGGCGGGAGACAAGUAUCCUCUCAGUGAUCUCCUCCUGCUCCCACCCUGCUGGCCCUGCCUGGGUCCCUCCAGGGGCUUCCCUUUCCCUGCCAUUAUCUGUGCUGCAUCUGGCCAGUCCUUCCUUAAGUCUAAUCCUGGCCUCAGUCGUUUCUCGAAUGCUUUCCUCAGAGGCCUGCUACCCACGGCCUUUUGACUCCCUGCAUCACCAACAACCUCUAUGAAAUUGGUCUGAAUCUGGCGUCUUUUCUGUAACUCUUCAGGAAUACAAAUCCUGUUUCCUUAGCAUCCUUAAGAAUUUAAUUUGAAGGUUGGCAGGGACUUUAGCUGUAUAUGAGUUAUUGGCCCUCCUGGCUAAGAAAAAAAAAAUUCCUCUCAGAAAGAUGAGAGUCAGGGAAGUAAGCUCCUGGGAACUCACAGAGCCCUGGGGAGGGUUGAUUUGCAUUAAGGAAAGGGACUCAUUUCUUGAGGGAAGUUUGAACAUCACAUUGAGACUCAUAUUUCAUAUAGCUCAGGCUGUGGCCUCUCUCCCAGUCUCCCAUUCCUAUAUCAUCUCUGUCCCAUUGUCACUCUCUGGGGAAUUCUGAUUGAAGACUUCACUGGGAUUUCAAACCCAAUUCAUGGCCAACUCAAAUUGCCAAGGAUUUGCAUGAAAACCACCAUUUGCUAUCUAAUUAUUCUGACAACAGCAGCCCGCCGUCUGGGCACAAGGAGAAUCGCAGUUUUAAUUAACAAUAAUGUACCUUUCAGAUGAACGUGACUGUUUAGGUUAAUUAACAAGUCCGAGUCCUUCCAAAUCAUCACUAGACAUCUCAGUGAUUUGGGGAGGAGGGGUGUGGAGCACCUGGAGGGGCAAAAAUUUGGGAGUUUUUAAAAGUCAGUUCGGCAAAAAUAUGUUAACUUUCUUCUUUCCUGCAACUACUUGAUGAAAGCAAGAGGAAACCUCUAGGAUACAUCUGCUAGAACACUGGGUUAGAGGAAUUUAGGGACUAUGGUUUAGGAUAAUAUCUCCGGCAUCAUUUCACAUUAUAUUUAGGAAAUCUUGUAGACACGUCUUUAUAAAUGAAAGUACUAAGUCAUUAUAAUUCCCAAGUAUUCAUUUCCUGGUCAUUUGCAAACUUGGUUUCUAGUGCAAGAGUCCUGACUUCUCUUUUGCUGGCUUUCUUCCAACCUUUUCUCUGUAUGCUCCUAAACAUUUAGAGGCAUUUUAAGUUGCCUGCUCCUUAAGAUUUCCCAGAUAAUGUCUCAAGACCCAUCUAUGCCCCUCUAAAGGGUAAUUUUUAUACUCUUUCCUGGUAUAGUCUCUGUGUCCUGGAAGAAUAUUUUGUAUGUAGCUCCAAACUGCAUCUUCCAUCUUUCUGAUCGUAUGGCUCAAGCUUUGUUUUGUCUUUCUAAAUUGGGUAGUACUAAUGCCUGGGAGUGGGGAAUAAAGAUAGGGAGACAGUUAUAGGGGUUGUCUUCACUUGAUCUUAGCCAAAAGGCCGAGAAGUGAUAGGGUCUGCCUUCAGACAGACCAGAUUUGGCAUUUGGUUCCUUCCUACUGCACUCAGUCAGCCCCAAGCACAUUGUACUAUCCCACAGGAUGACUAGGAUCAGCCAACAGCUUGGCUCUUCCCCUUCCUCACCAAGCUUUGUGCCCAGCAGCAACUUUUUCAUCCUUUCAAAGGGCAAGCCUCUUUUUCAUGGGAAAAGCCUUUGCACUUGAUAUCUCUUCUGUCCAGAAUUCUCUUUCCUGUGCUUUCUGUCUGAUGAGCUAGCACCUUCUUAUUUUUGGAGUCUUCAUGCAAAUAUGGACUCCUGGAACUCUGCCCUUUCCUGCUGUGUUCUGGAACAUAGCUCAGACACCCCUGUAUGCAUUUGUUAUGAGGCUGCUUCCAAAACAUGUAUCCCAUGCUAAACCUGCUUUGCUCAUUCUCCUACAAGCUUCCCAGUUUAUUGCCUGGCCACCCUUUCCUCCCAACACUAGAGAAUAAGAGAUCAAGUCACUUCCUGGCAUAUAGUCAGAGCUCAGUAAACAUUUAAUAAAUAUGUGAAUCAAUUAAUUUCAUACAAAUGAAGCAAGAUUCCCCAGUAAUGAGGCAUCAUGAUCCAAUGGAGAAGAAGAACAAACAAGUCAAAAAUCGCUGCAGAGAAUGGUGAACAAAUGACUUUCUUUCCCCUAGUCCCCUGGGGUAUCACUCUUGUGUCAUCAGUCCUUUGGGGCUGAAGAAACUGAAGGACUGUCAGGACAAGAUUUCUGGAUCCCUGGCCCUUCCUUGUUUGGUGUCAAUUUAGGGCUGACAGAGCUGGGGGACUUCAUCGUGGUUCUUGACCAAAUGGAGACUCGAUGUUUCCUUUUCCUUGGGAUGCUGCCGGGCUUGGGACAGCAAGGAAAGGUGAGGAAUGACUGUCACGUUUCAUCCAUUCUGGAGGAAGAGAAAGUCACAGGACACUCCCCAAAGUUUGAGGAUAAAGUGUUCAAAUUCUAAGUCCAACUGCACCUCAGGAGAGGCCCACAUGCUCUUGAACCUGAAGGUCAUUUCAGCCUCCAUGUUGAUUUUUUUAUUUUAUUUUUAUUUUUUUGAUUUAGUUUAGUGCUCCUGCCAGCCUUACCCCUUCCUUAUCUCUAAGCACCACUUCUUUCUCUCACCUUCUGGCCUUUGUCUCCCCGCUGUGGCAAUUUAUCUUUAUUCAAUUCUGGGUAAAUAGGUUAACCCUUUAAAGUACUGAAGGAUGUAUCACAAUUAAUUGUACUAAUUUCCAGAGCUAUGAGAAGUACUGGCAGGUGUAGAAAUGAAUUACAAUGUAAGACAGUGGCAUCUCCCUGGACCCAUCUGCUCCCUUCUAUUACCUUCCUCCCUCCCUCCCUCCCUCCCUCCUUCACUUCAUUCCUUUCUUCUGUGGUUGUCAAGUUCCCCAGUUCCCUUCUGAACAACCCUGGAUAUACUUGGAUGGAAGAGUAGAUGGGAAACUCCCAAAGCCCUCAGUCUCCAAGACCUCUCAGGCCAGGUUUCUGUUUUACAGCCCCUGGUCAGCACCUAUCCCACUGCCAAAUCCAGUUACUUGUGUGACUGAGAGGGUCGCCCAGGAGGACUUGGAGAGAGAAAGUGUCAUUUUCCUCACAGUUCUCUACACUAGUCAUUGUUUUUGCUUGUUCUACCCACUGGACCUUAAACCCUCCAGCAUUUGAUUCCUUGCUUUAUUCAAACGAAAUAUUUUUUAUUGUGGGUAUAGGUUUAUAAUACAUAAUGAUUCCAUUCACCUUGGAGGAUUGAUAUUUGUACAUACUUCAUUAUGAUCAUUUUUACUUCCCCUUCCUCAAACCCUCCCCUCUCCUUCCUUUCCUAGGUCCCCUUCCCAU